AUGGAAAAUCGAAUCUGGAUACUACUACAGCUACUGUUUGUUGCUGUCAUGGCAAGCGCACAAACACAGUCCGUUGGGAACUCGUCGUGUCCUCUACAAGACGAAACUAGUCAGCUUGAUGCAUCAAAAUCAGGCGAAUUGAAUCAAGCUUUGCUGUCUGCCUAUAAUAGUUUUAAUCAAAACCCCACGUAUUCGCUGGCGAAUGCUGUAUUCUCCUCAGCGAUGGAUUCUUUUCCAUCAUCUGUGUCUGCAUCUUUAUCCUGCUCAGGUUACGAUGGAAUAAAUCUCAACUCGCUUCCUGCAUGGCUCACAGCUGUUCCCACCUCAUACAUCAGCGAAAUUCUUCAGGAGCAAUCCGCAUAUUCAUCGAUUAUCAGCUCUUUCGUUGCUGAGGCAUCAACAGGCACUGCAAGCAGUGUGGAUGUUAGCCUUCCAUCAAGUGCUAUUGCGACGCAGUCAUCACCGACGACGCCGGGGUCUACACCCUCCAUAAUGUCGGCAACCUCUAUACAACCGCCAAGUCCGACUCCAUCAACAGGAGGGGUGGCAAGAACAGUAACAACCAAUCUGAGAGGCAUAUUACUACUAGCUGCGUCGGCUUUAUUGUUCCUGCUCUGA